AUGCCGCGGAGACGUGGCGGUGCCAAGUCAAUCUCCAAGAGCCCUGAGCUGACCCGGCAAGCCACAUCGCCGGAAACACGGUUACGCAGAGCUACGCGAGGCGCUAGCCUGACACCCUCGAAGCCGGCCAGGCGUCACCCAACUGAGGCACUGCAUAUGACCACGCGCGCUGCUGCCAGCGCUGCUUCGACCGCCGGCACCGACUCUGCUGCUGACUCGGUCGCCAGUGCUGACAGUCGCCGCAGCUCCUUCAACCUCGCCGCCGACCAGGCUGCAGAAAUUGCCAAUCACCAUCAGCAUUCCACCAAUGGCACCCGGCCUUCUGCCGAACUCGACCAACCCCCCGUCGACUCUGCAGAUGCCGAUGUCUCGGAGCUGCCGUCAUCCCAACCCCCCAAGAGCAAUAAAAGGAAACGCUCUUUGGCCGUUGAUGAUGACCCCGUCGCCGAGCCCCAUCUCAACGGUGUCAAUGGCACCACCCCCCUGGAAAACGGAGACGCAGCAACGAGUGAAGAUGCUCCCACUGCCGACGCUCCUCCACGUAAACGCCAGUCCAAAGGCAAAGGUAGAGGCAGGGCUCCGUUGUCGACCCAGACUAGUUUUGCGGGCCAGUCCGAGGCCACCACGACUCCGCCAUCUAAUCAGUCGCCCGAAAAGGAAACUACCGAUCAGCAAAACGCUUCCGAAAACCCGGAUGCCGAUGGCGACAAGCCUGCCAAGCAAACAAAAAGGCUACCCGGUAGGCGGCGCGCUCCAAAUUCCAAUCCCAGCAUUGAGGCGGAUCUGCGUCGCCAAUUGCAGCUGAAGACAGCCUAUCGUGCCGUCGUCAAGGUCUUGAAACCGGUCUUGGCGGAACUCUCGGAUCGGACCAUCAACGACGUCGAGGAUGAUCCGAUUGCUCACCAGCAGAGUGAUCAGUAUGAGGUGGUCAAAGCAGCUUUGGAUGCCCGGCUUGCUGAUCAGCUGGCGUACUUGAACAGCAAGUAUAAUCACACCAAGACCCAUGUCGACCGUCGGAAUACAGCCGAGACUGAAAUUGCAAAGACCGAGUUUGAGAAUGUUUUCCAGUUUCUCCAAGAAGAUUUUCUCGUACGGUGUCAGCAUCAGUUGCUUGUUAUUGAACGGGAAGCCAAUAUACAAGAACAGGAUGGGUAUGCUACUGAAGAUGAGGAUGGCCUCAUUCCUCGUCGGCGUGGUAUGCAAUAUAAAUGGCGGUCAACCGGCUUUCUGGACCCGGCAUCCGACUCCCGCAGCAGAUUCUUCAUCGAAACCCAAAAACUCAUGGACCGGCACGAUCUUCGGGAGGCCUCUAGAAAGAAACGCAAUGCGUUCCUUCAAGAAAACACCAAGGAAUUUGACCGGGCCACGGUGGACGACGCGAGGGAUUCUACAACGUACAAUGCUGACUAUCGAGCAUAUGCCACUGCGGUUUUCAACACCUCAAGACUUGCUGAUGCUGCCGAUGCUGUCGAGACGGAGAAACUGCUGCAGUAUAUUAAGCCCCUUCCAAACGAAGACGCUCUGGGUCUGCAGCUACUCGUGUCCGCAAUCGACCGGCCUGCUGAGAGUGUCCACUCAAGGGUCGAUGGCACUCAAUCAAGAGCAUCAUCCACCCCUAUGCCUCCAAAAAGUCGAGAUAAGCAGUUGUCGGCAAGGUCCACACCAGCUAAGCCCUCUGUGAGGUCUCGCGCUGUUUCCCCAUUCGAGACGGGUUCGGCUGUUUCCUUUGGAGAGGCAGCUAUGUCGAUGGACAGUGAGCGCGAGGAAGAGGCUCCAACGAAGGCUGCUGAGCAACAGCCCCUCUCCGAGUCGCAACUCAACGGUCAGAAGCGCAAUAUUGCAGAACCCAAACCGAACAAGUCAUAUGCGCAGAAGAUCAAUGAUAUCCUGAGGGACCCAACUCCAGAACCCAGUUCGAACAGAAUCAGGGACAUACUGAAUAAAGGGGAUGAUGCUCCACUGUCCAUCAGCUCUACUCCAGCCACCGAGAGCCCCGCUCCUCUCCCGCCUGUCAUUCUCCAGCCCCUUUCGUCAGCCAAAGCCACACCGGAGCCUAAGCAUGCUGAGCCCGUUCUGGAAGCGCCAUCAACAGUGGCUAGCACUGCCACGCAGCCCGAGGAGCCUGUAGCUCGCGCUCAAAGUUCAUCUGCUGCUCCGGAAGGACAGCAGAACGAAAAUACCAAUCAGCCGCGUAAGUCUUUCUGGGAUACCAUCGGCAGCGGCAGUAAGGCGAGGACUUCUAGGGCGCCGACGCCUGAGAAGACACCGUUGGCACGUAUCCGGCAGAUCCUUAACCCGUCCAAUUACAACCGCAAAGGCUCGGAUGCCACCACUGUAUCGGCGGGGACGCCUGAGAGGUCUUCGGAAAAGCCCGACAUGGCACCCCCGGCGGCGAGAGCAUCGGUGACCAGAGACGAUGUGAGCUCAAGACGAUCAUCAAGCGCGGCGAGCGUCGUGUCGCAGGCGGUCAGCGCGCCUCCACAGACGACUCGGUCUCCAGUUCAGCCGCCGCCGCCUCCUCCGAAGCGUGCUUCGACGCGCGACCCUGGCCUGGAGAGUAGGCAAAACCGAUGGAGGGCGGCCGUGCCUCCGCAGCACGGGCCGACGCCCCCGUUCGGGCACUCGCGCGGCAACUCGGGCAACCCGCCUCCUUCCGCAUUCGGCAAGCCGCACGACUGGACGCUGCGGGAGACGCCGGUGCGCAGUCCACUGCCGCCGACCGGUGCCCCUCCGCCCCAACCCCCGCCCACCUACCAAGGCUACAUGGCGCCGUACGACGCGCGCGCACAUCCACCCGUCGGCUACCCACCGCCUCCGGCGCCGACUUAUGCGCCGGGCCCGCCGCCACCGAACCCCUACCUCACCGCCGUGCCGAGCAUCCGGCCGCAGUUCCCGCACCCGCCCGGCCCGCCGCCCUACCAGUCCAUCUACGCCCCGCCGCCGACGGGCUACCCCACGCACCCGACGCCGUACGGGCCGCCUCCUCCGCCCCCGCCCCAGCACUACGCCGGCCCGCAGUACGGCGGCCAACCAAUCCUACCCGCCACGACACUGGACCGGCGCGCAAGCGCACAACACGCACAACAUCAGCAAACGCAGCCACCGCCGGGCACGCCACCCACAUACGGUCCGCCACCGCCGGUCUUCAGCCAGCAGCAACAGCAACAGCAGCAGCAGCAGCAGCAGCAGCAGCAGGGAGUAGAGCAGAACGGAGCGAGGGGCGGCGCGGGACUAGGUGCAAAUGGCGCAAACGGCGCGGGCAGGGGCGGCAAGAAGCGCUGGCGUAACCACCCCGCUGGCACGGAGUUUAGGCCGUACACGGGGCCGAAGAGGCAUUAA